AUGCGGGACGAUCAGUGCUAUCAUGGGGAGGGACAGAUCAAUUUGAGGGUAGAAAGUUCAUGUGACCAUGAUGGGCUGUUGAGAGUGAGUGAACCAAUUUUGGUGAAGCUUAACUGGAAAGGUGCUAAUUUCAAAGCUGGAUCCUGGGGAAAAGAUUUUGCAAUGGGAGCCAAGUCGCCAGGUCAUUAUUGGGUAUUUCCAGCCAACAAAGAUAAUUAUAUAUUGGAGAACUUCCGCUUGUAUUCAUCUUACAAAAAGUUGAUGCUUUAUCUUCCAGUGAUGGAAUUUAGCCUUCGUGGUGCUAAUGAUAAAUGUGAAAACUGUGGACAAGGGGGUGGAGUAGUCUUGUUCAAUGGCUCUUUCUAUUACAACUGUUAUAAUAGCAGAUCCCUCUGCAAAAUAGAUCCACAUACUAUGCGACUCUUACGUAAGGAACUAGAGGAUGAGGAUCCCCCUUCCUUCAAUAAUGUAUUCUCUUAUAAGGGUGUCAAAUUUCAGGACAUGGACAUGGCUGGGGAUGAAAAGGGACUUUGGAUGAUUCAUGGUUCUAAACAGGCCAAUGGGAAUAUGGUAGUUAGGAAAGUCAACCCAGACACCUUGCAGACAGGUACACCAUGGACCAUCUCACAGCGGAAGACAAAUGUCAGCAAUACUUUCAUGAUCUGUGGAGUGCUGUAUGCCACUAGAAGAUUGAAUUCAACUCAUGAGGAUAUAUUUUAUGCAUUUGACACCAACUCAGCCCAGGAACGCAAGCUACAAAUCUCUUUAGAGAAACCUCUUCCUACCUUGCAAAGUCUGAAUUACAAUCCCAAUGACCGAAAACUCUAUAUGUACAAUGAUGGCUACCUUGUGUAUUAUGAUGUCACAUUCAAAGGGCGUGGGGCAAGCAGGUCAGGAGAGGCUGUUGCACCUGGACAUGGAUUGGAUGUCCACUAUGGAGAAAGCCGGAGUCUGGCUAUCAAGCCAGCAAAAACUGCUGCCAGCAAGGAAGAGCUUAACUUAGCUAGUCAGCAGUUGAACAGUACGACAAAUGAGGGACAGAUCAGUGCUAUUCAUGAGGAAGGACAGAUCAAUUUGAGUAAGAAAAGUGAGGAUAUGGAUUUUUCAUCCCCAUUAGUUUUCAACAUGCAUGUCAAUCAUCUGUGCGUCAUCACUGAUGAGCAAGGGCGGCGCGUUUCUGCGAGGGCGGGGAGGAGCAGCACCACCAGGGCUCAAAAGCCCCAGCGCUCCCAAAGCCUCUCGGCGGCGGCGGCGUUUUGUGAGGGCGGGGGAGGAGCACACCACCAGGGCUCAAAAGCCCAGCGCUCCAAGCUCUCGGCGGCGGCGCGGCGUUUCUGCGAGGGGGGGGAGGAGCCAACACCAGGGCUCAAAAGCCCCAGCGCUCCCAAGCCUCUCGGCGGCGCGGCGCGCGUUUCUGCGAGGGCAGGGGAGGAGCAGCACCACCAGGGCUCAAAAGCCCAGCGCUCCCAAGCCUCUCGGCGGCGGCGGCGUUUCUGCGAGGGCGGGGAGGAGCAGCACCACCAGGGCUCAAAAGCCCCAGCGCUCCCAAGCCUCUCGGCGGCGGCGGGUGUUUUUGCGGCGGAGGUGUAA